CCGGGACUGACAGGCGAGCAGGACCCCGACGCCCGCCCUCCCCCUCAGAGGUUGCGGGAAGAGCUUGUCACCCCUGGGACUGGGGCGGCCCGACGGAGGGGGAGUGGCCCACCGCGGGCCGGCCUGCACCGGGGGUGAGGCUGCCAGGAAGGGGUUGGGGGCGCCAGAGGGGCCGAGCAUCGCUCUCCUCAGCCCGCCGGCCCCCGACCUCCGUCGGCCCCCCUCCUCGCGCCCGGCCGCCCCGCCCCGCCGCGACCCCCGGCUGUCUCUGGAGCCCGACGCGCAGGAUAUAUACUUCUCUUGUCUUGGCUGGAUGCACAAAUUUGUGUGCAGUGCUUUUUGCCCGUUGCCUAGACGAUCACUUGGUUUCUCUGAGGAUGUCUGGUUCUCGUAAAGAGUUUGAUGUGAAGCAGAUUUUGAAAAUCAGAUGGAGGUGGUUUGGCCAUCAAGCAUCAUCUCCUAAUUCUACAGUUGACAGCCAGCAGGGAGAAUUUUGGAAUCGAGGACAGACCGGAGCAAACGGUGGGAGAAAGUUUUUAGAUCCAUGUAACCUACAAUUGCCUUUGGCUUCAAUUGGUUACCGAAGGUCCAGCCAACUGGAUUUUCAGAGUUCAUCUUCUUGGCCAAUGGCAUCCACCUCUGAAGUCCCUGCACUUGAGUUUACAGCAGAAGAUUGUGGCGGUGCACACUGGCUGGAUAGACCAGAAGUGGAUGAUGGCACUAGUGAAGAAGAAAAUGAAUCUGAUUCCAGUUCAUGCAGGACUUCCAAUAGUAGUCAGACAUUAUCAUCCUGCCAUACUAUGGAGCCAUGUUCAUCAGAUGAAUUUUUCCAUGCCCUUAAUCAUGCUGAGCAAACAUUUAAAAAGAUGGAAAACUAUUUGAGACAUAAACAGUUAUGUGAUGUAAUUCUAGUUGCUGGUGAUCGCAGAAUUCCAGCUCAUAGAUUGGUGCUCUCCUCUGUCUCAGAUUAUUUUGCUGCCAUGUUUACUAAUGAUGUCAGGGAAGCAAGACAAGAAGAAAUAAAAAUGGAAGGUGUAGAACCGAAUUCACUAUGGUCCCUGAUUCAGUAUGCAUAUACAGGCCGCCUGGAAUUAAAGGAAGACAAUAUUGAGUGCCUGUUAUCUACAGCUUGCCUUCUUCAGCUUUCACAGGUUGUGGAAGCAUGCUGUAAGUUUUUAAUGAAACAGCUUCAUCCAUCCAACUGUCUUGGAAUCCGUUCUUUUGCUGAUGCCCAAGGUUGUACAGAUUUGCAUAAAGUGGCUCACAAUUACACCAUGGAACAUUUCAUGGAAGUCAUUCGAAACCAGGAAUUUGUAUUAUUACCAGCCAGUGAAAUUGCCAAGCUCUUGGCCAGCGAUGACAUGAACAUUCCUAACGAGGAGACAAUACUGAAUGCGCUUCUUACUUGGGUCCGUCAUGAUUUGGAACAGAGACGGAAAGAUCUCAGUAAACUUUUGGCUUAUAUUAGGCUACCUCUUCUUGCACCACAGUUCCUGGCAGACAUGGAAAAUAAUGCCCUUUUUCGGGAUGAUAUAGAAUGUCAGAAACUCAUUAUGGAAGCAAUGAAAUAUCAUUUAUUACCAGAGAGACGACCCAUGUUACAAAGUCCUCGGACAAAACCUAGGAAGUCAACUGUUGGUACAUUAUUUGCUGUUGGAGGAAUGGAUUCAACCAAAGGAGCAACAAGCAUUGAAAAGUAUGAUCUCCGUACCAAUAUGUGGACUCCUGUAGCAAAUAUGAAUGGGCGAAGGCUACAGUUCGGUGUUGCAGUGUUAGAUGACAAGCUGUAUGUGGUUGGAGGGAGAGAUGGACUGAAGACUCUGAAUACUGUAGAGUGCUACAACCCCAAAACAAAAACUUGGAGUGUGAUGCCUCCUAUGUCCACACAUAGGCACGGCCUUGGUGUGGCUGUAUUGGAAGGUCCCAUGUAUGCAGUCGGAGGGCAUGAUGGCUGGAGCUACCUGAAUACAGUGGAAAGGUGGGACCCUCAGGCCCGCCAGUGGAAUUUUGUUGCCACUAUGUCCACCCCCAGGAGCACAGUAGGUGUGGCAGUACUGAGUGGAAAACUUUAUGCAGUCGGUGGUCGUGAUGGAAGUUCUUGUCUCAAGUCAGUAGAAUGUUUUGAUCCUCAUACUAAUAAAUGGACACUCUGUGCACAAAUGUCCAAAAGGAGAGGGGGUGUCGGAGUAACCACCUGGAAUGGAUUGCUGUAUGCUAUUGGGGGACAUGACGCUCCUGCAUCCAACUUGACUUCCAGACUCUCAGACUGUGUAGAAAGAUAUGACCCCAAAACAGAUAUGUGGACUGCAGUGGCAUCUAUGAGCAUCAGCAGAGAUGCAGUGGGGGUCUGUUUACUUGGUGAUAAAUUAUAUGCCGUUGGAGGGUAUGAUGGACAGACUUACCUUAAUACAGUGGAGGCUUAUGACCCCCAGACAAAUGAGUGGACCCAGGUUGCUCCACUGUGCCUAGGAAGAGCUGGGGCUUGCGUUGUGACUGUAAAAUUAUAAUUUAGUGCUCUGUUUUCUAAAUGAAGAUAUCCUCUUCUUUUAUGAAUUUAUUAAUAGUACAUUUAUUCUACUGUCAGCAGAUACAUUUUAAGUACAUUUGCAAUGCCACAUUCCUGGGCACAGAGUGCCUGAUCACGAAGUGAAGAUGUUAAAACAAGGGAGGACAAACCAAGAUUAUACACUUUCAUUUCUUAGUAUAUCUCACUCCAGCUGGUAGGUUAUGAGCACACGUUCUUGAUCUAAAAUAUGAGAACAAACACACUGCUCGUAAACACAGCCCAGUGUUAAUUGGGAAUUUCAUUUUUUAAUAAUCAAGCACAUUUUACUCACAUUUCCUUUAUUACAGUACAAAUAUACCAGAGAAAACUUCUAACAUUUUGCUUUGUAACUUUAUUAUACAUGAGUUGCAGUAAUUUCUUUUCAUUUGUUUGCUUGUUUCUUUAACCACACCACUCUUUUAAUGACAUACUAAAGACUAUGUUAUUUAGUUUCUUCAGAAAUAGCUGUUAUUAUCUGUGCUUUGGUUGUGGAUUUUAUUUCUAAAAUGAGGUCAGUCUAAUGAACACAGAAAAAUAUUGAGUUAAAACAAUAAUGACCACAUAAGAACUUGAUAUAACCUUUGGGGUCUAUUUAAUAACCAUCUUAUUAUAUCUAGUUAUAUCUAGAUUCUCCAAAAACUACAUUAUGAUAUUCUUAAAUUGGAAUUGAAACUUGAUGUUUUGCAUUAAAUUUAAGAUAUGCAAAUUUAUGUCAAGAAAAUAAAUGUUAUAUACCCUAUAAUGUUUUCACCUAGUAUUUAAUUUUAUGAAUUUGUUGUCUUUUAUAAAAGAUACUUUGAUUUUGUCUUUUAAUACUGACAAAACUGGUUGGAUAUUCUUAUGUUCUCAAAUCUGUGUUUGCCUCCCUGCCUUGUUUCUUACGGUUUGCCACAGUUAGUAAACAUUUGUACUUCUUUGUAAUCAAACAAUUUUGGGGGGAAUGGGCUUAUUGUAUGUUUGAAAAAUAAGCUUAAAGUGUUUAUUACCCCAAUUUUUGUACAUUUGUAAACUCUAAUUACAUAUGUGAAUGUUAAUAGUC